UGCUUUCUCCAUUAAUAAAAAUCAAUUGUUACCCUUUUUCUUUGUGUACAAGCUAUAUAAUUUCUUGUCUAUAUAUAUAACAACCUCAUCGGUAUGUAAAUCAUAAAAAAAAACGAAAAUAAUCGCAUCAACAAGAAGCAAAACAGAUUAUUAUAGGAGAUUCUCACUUUGUUUCAUCUCUCGCCAUGAUGAAUGGUUUACCUUUCCAUCUCCUAGACGAGAUUCUCAUCAAACUAGAACCCAAAUCUCAGGCCAUGAUGCGAUGCACGAAUAAAUAUUUCCAAUCGUAUCUAUCUAACCCCGAGAACUGCAUUUUAUGGGCCAGACCUAGUUUCUUUCACAUUUCCAUGCUUGGCUCGUAUCAUAUCUUCUGCCAGCCUUUGGUCUCUUCUUCAUGCGAUUCUAUGUCAAUAGAAAAAGUAUUACAUGGGAUGAAUUUAUUAAGGCGUGAGCCAUAUUACAUCUUGGGAUCAUGCUCCGGCCUUGUCCUAGUACUAUACAUCGGUGGCCUCGUCAUCGCAAAUCCCUUAACAAAAAGGUUUCGAAUCAUCGAUUACUCUAGGUCAAAGCUUAUACCUACGUUUUGUCCAAAAAAAAAGCUUAUACCUACGAUAGUUGGUGAUGAUCCUACAAAGAGAAGGACGUGUGUCGGUUUCGCGGUAAAUCGAAAUCGAACCACCAUGACAUUCAAGAUUGUCUGCAUACUCCAGAUGGAAAGAGUAUACGGAUUCGAGAUCAGCGACGGAGACUCAUGGAGAUUAUCAGAAACAACCAUCACCGCUAGAUCAAACAGUCAUCUCAUGAGAAUGAAACCAGUUUACUUGGACGGCACUCUUCACUGGUUGAGAGACGACGGGAGCAUCGUAGCUUUUAAUCCCGAGACAGAGCAAGCACGCUUCAUCCCUUCCAUAUUCCAUCGUGGAGAAGCGUAUGCGCAGUUGCUUUUCGCGGAAGACAAUAAGAACAAUAGCUUGACCUUGUUAUCACGGACGAAAAAAACAAUCGCGGUUUACACACUACUCGGGGAUUCAAAGUGGGCUCUCGCCAAGCAGAUCAAGAACAUGCCUAUCGACGAAAGAGAGGGUUUCUUCUGGGACUUGGUUGCGUACGAUGGCAAGUGUCUUGUGGUGAGGGAUAUUAAGAAGGGUACUUCAGAAAAUGUGGUUUAUGUGUGCGACAUGGAAGCUAACAGCUGGAGAGUUUUGGGGCCAGCCGUAUGUCGGUACGCUACCUUCCAAGACGUGUAUAAGAUUACGCCCUCUUUGUUCUUUGUCGAAGAGGAUAAGCAGCAUAAGGUGGUUGUAGCAUCUAAUGACAAACAGAUCUCCUAUCUAAAUGUUAUUAUGGGACUCAUUGAUAUAACCAACUAUGGCGCCACUUACAUCUUUUGCUUGCCUUUGGCCUCUUCAAGAGAUUCUAUGUCACUAGGGAGUGAGGCAAAACUGUCUAGAGAGCCAUGUUACUUUUUUGGCUCCUGCUCCGGCCUUCUCCUACUAUAUAUCGGUGGCCUCUUUGUCGUGAAUCCCCUCACAAAGAGGUUUCGACUAUUGGAUCACUCCGGCUCAAAGUUUAUGCCUGGUCGUAACGUUGUUGGUAUGGAAAGAGCGAUGUGCGUCGGUUUCACCGUAAAUAGAAAUCGUUCCACUAAGAGAUUCAAGAUUGUCUGCAUACACGAGAUGGAAACGGUGUACGCAUUCGAGAUCAGCGACGGAUACUCUUGGAGAUUAUCGGAAACGACCAUCACCACUAGCACAAAAAGUGAUCUCAUGGUGCAUAUGAAGCCUGUUUAUUUAGACGACACUCUUCAUUGGUUGAGAAACGAUGGGAGCAUCAUAGCAUUCAAUCCUGAUACAGAGCAAGCAAGCUUGAUUCCUUGUAUAUUUCAUCGAGAACCAGAGAUGAAACUGUUGUUCGCAGCUGAUGAUAAGAUAAAUCGCCUGACCUUAGUAUCGGGGACAAAAGAAGAAAUUUCAGUUUACACACUAGUCGAGAAUUCGAAAUGGACCCUCGCCAGGCGGAUCAAGAACAUAACUAUGAAGGAAACUGAGCUUGUAUGCUGGAACAUUGUUAUGUACGACAGCAAGCAUCUAGUAUUGAGGGAGAAGAAGCAUAGUUUAAAAGGUGUUGUUCAUGUUUACGACAUGGAAGUUAAUAGUUGGGGAGUUUUAGGGUCAACCACACCUUGGUCAAGUCGCGUCCGAGGCUUCUAUAAAUUCACACCCUCCUUGUUCUUUGUCGAGGGGGAUGAGCAGCAGAAGGUGAUUGUAGCUUCUAAUGACAGACGCGUUUCCAAUCUAACUGCGUUUAUGAGACUCAUUGAUACAACCAAGUAAACUAUCUCAUGUAUAAACAUUAUGAACCAGAUUUCUCCAACCUUUAUGCACUACCAUGAUGAGCUUUU